AUGCUGUCACUAUUUGGCUAUGCCCUUGCUGCUAUCCUCAUAAUAAUUCCUCUCUAUAUUUUGUACAAACCUCCCAGAUUUGUUAUCCGGUUUGCCCAGCGCAAAUGGGAAGAUGUCCUGUGGAAUGUUGCGACGUCUAAACGGAUAGUUGCGCUUACAAUUGAUGAUGGGCCAUCGGAGUACACGUCAGAGAUACUAGAUAUCCUUAGAUCUAACGACGCGACGGCAACUUUCUUUGUUAUCGGAUCCCAUGCAACACCUGAUCGUGAGGAGAUUCUGCGCAACCUCAUCCGCCAUGGAAACGAAUUGGCGAAUCAUGCUAUGCGUGACGAGCCCUCUUAUCUGUUAAGCGAAACAGAACUCAUCGAUAACAUCAACUGCGUUCAGAAGAUAAUAUCUGAUAUCGAAGCCACUGCCCGUCCAGGAGCAAACGAUGUGGGCUUGGAUAGCAAAAUGGCUCAGAGCGCCUUGUAUUUUCGCCCAGGAGGUGGAUUUUUUUCCACAAAAAUGAGGGAGAUUCUUUCAAAAAUGGGAUACCAUCUCACCCUUGGAGAUAUCUAUCCUCACGAUCCCUUCGUGCCAUUCUGGAAAAUCAACAAUUGGCAUAUAUUGAGUUCCAUACACCCCGGAGGAAUAAUAAUCUGCCAUGACGGGCGAUCUUGGACGCCACCAAUGCUACGGAAGUUAUUACCAGAACUGAAGCGUCGUGGUUUCCAGGUAGUUACUUUAACUGCGUUGUUGAAAGAAGGAAAAUGCACUUAA